GACCUCGCCGGUUCUGUUGCGUUCGUCUUUUCCCCCAUUUUUUUCUUGGUUUUUAAUUAAGCCCUUACCUGUGCGGUGUGUAUUCAAAGGUGUACAGAUCCACCGCUAGUUCGGGGAUUUUUUGUGAAUUUCUUGCGGCCCGUAAUUAACGUGGGCUUACCUGUCCGCCCGCGGCAAAAGCAUUAAUAGCGUGACGCCCGUCAUCACAGCUGUCCACCGUCAAAAAGCUAAUCACCGCACUGAAAUCAAACACGUUGCGUGACAAAACUGAGCUCCCCUCAAGUGCUGGCUCCUGGGCUUCCUGCUGCUGCUCACCAUCACCACCAGUUGGCCCACGGGAACAUUUGCGGCACCGCGACGCGCUCGAGGACUGCACCUGAUCCUGCCGCAUCGCAACCACCACCACCGACAGCUGCAUCACCACCAGCACACCAGGUCGGUCGAGACCACCAUCGUGACCCUGAAAACCAAUCAGACUGAGGGCAGGGAUACGUGCACGGCCAUCAGGAUGACACCCAACAUCGCACACCUGCAAGUGGCGCACGAGGUGGCCAAGAAUACGCGGGAGGCGGUCAUCUGUCUGACCAAAGAAUGGCUGAAGGACCUGGGCCAAAACCUUUCCCAGAACAUUAAGGCGUACUCGAUGCACACCCUGGCCGUGAGGCAUCCACUCGACGAGGAGGUGAAGAACGUCAAGUUCCAGGACGAGCUGGGUGACUUCGUGUACGAGGGCAAGGUGGGCACGCUGGAGGAGGAGAUGCCGGCGAUUAUCGAGUCCCUGAUGGUGCUGGAGCAUCUGUACGAGACCAUUGAGUUCAAUCACAAGUCGUGGAACUGCUUCUUCAACAACUUUGUGCACUUCUUCCAUCACAACAUGCACGAGGCUCUCAAGGUCGCCGGCCUCAAUGAUGCCUGCAAUCCCAGGAACUCCGCGUACAAUAAGGCUUACAUUUGGCCAGAGUUUGGCGCCGCCGUGGAGACCAUCAAGGUGCUGACCAUCAUCGAGCACAAGUACGAGCAGCUGAUCAAGCAGAAUCUGUAAUCUGUGAGAGCUGAAAGCUGAAAGCUCCUGGGGAGCAGAAGAAGCCAAAAAUACCAAAAACAAUCAAUGACCCACUGCAAUCUCAAGCUAACAGGCUAUGCCCACGUGUAUCCAGAUUCGUAUUCAUCAUCAUCUACCUUAGACCCUAUUAUUUAUUAUAACUUCUUAAAUCCCCACCCCAUACUUAUUUAUAUCGCCUUUGCAUCCUAUUUAUAUACAUAUACCAAUCACCAUACUCACUAAACACAUUCACCGCCUCGCAGGCUCGAUAACUUAUGACAACUAUUACUUAAGUGUAUUUUUUUUACAUAUAUAUAUAUAUAUUUAUAUUAUGACUAUUAAUAAAUUAUACCGAUAAGCGCAGA